AUGGCGACGCACGUGCAGGCAGACAACAACACGUCCCAGCCGAGCUUCGGCCGCAAGCUCUGGCUGUUGGUGGCACCGGAUGCCAAGAAGGACGAGGAUGGUCGCGAUAACUUCAACUCGCGCUCCCAGUUUGUGCUUUGCGCCAUGGGCGGCGCCGUCGGUCUCGGAAACCUCCUCCGUUUCCCGUCCGUCGUGUACAACAACUACGGCCUGCAGUUCUUCAUCCCUUACUUCUUUGCCCUCUUCUUUAUCGGUAUUCCCAUCCUCUGCCUCGAGAUCUGCCUGGGCCAGGCCUACCGUGGAGGCUGCGUGACGGCAUGGAACAACAACAACCACCGUGCCAAGGGCAUCGGCUUCUCCAUGGUGUUUAACGGCUAUUCCGUCAGUGGUUACUACGUUGCCAUUUUGGCCUACGCCAUGAGCUACUUUCGUCGUUCUUUCGAGAGCCCUCUCCCUUGGCAGGGCAGGUCAACUAUCACAUACUUCUUCGAGGAAAUAACCCACCGCGUGCAGCCGAUUGGAGAUCCCGGGACGAUGAUGUACUACCCCAGCAUGCGUGUCGUUGGCGAGACGGCCGGAUGGAGUCUCCUUAUCUGGUUCGCUACUUGGCUCUGCACCUUCAAGGGUGUUGGCUUGACAGGGCGAGUUAUCUACAUCACCAUGGCACUUCCGUUGAUCAUGAUUGCCAUCCUGGCCAUCAGGUCCCUGUCUCUACCCAACGCCUCAGAUGGCUUCCGCCUGUACCUCGGCAUCUGGCGCAACGAAUCACUCGCCGGCCCCACUGUGUGGCAGGACGCCUUUGGUCAAAUGUUCUUUUCUAUUGGUGUCGGCUUUGGCUACUUCACGUCGUACGCGUCGUACAACUCCAAGUUCUCCAACGCCGUCCAGGAUGCCUUCAUCGUCGCCAUUAGCAACUCGGCCAUCGAGAUCAUUUCUGCCCUGGCCGUCAUGGGCAUUGUCGGCUUCCUUGGCCUGUCCCUUGAAGAAACUGGCCGACUUGGCACUUUCAGUUCGGGAUUCUUCUACUACCCGCAGGCCCUUGUCGAGAUGCCCGGUGCCAAUUUCUUCUCGGCCCUCUUCUUCCUCACCCUCGUGCUUCUCGGCUUGACUUGCGUCUUUGCUCUUUACGAGGUCUUGGUGACCAUGAUCUGCGACACGGACUGGGGCAAGCGCAUUCCGCGCUGGGUCGUCUCCACCACGGUCGUCGUCUGUUCUUACCUCAUCACGCUCCUCUACUGCACUGAAGUUGGUUUCGCGCUGCUCGACGCCAUCGACGGCUUCGUCAACGACCUGGCCCUCUUCUUCACCGUCUGGUGCGAGUGCCUGUUCGCCACCACCCUCUACCGCUGGCGCGACGCGGUCGACCAGGUUGGCCUUGUCAGCUACUCGCUGUACAACGGCGGCUUUGUCCUUGCGCACUUUGUCGGCUUGCUCAUCGCCCACCUGGUGAGCGCCGAGGCUGGUGCCGGCGCCGGCUUUGGAAUCUUUAUCGCCGGCGCGCUGGCGUCCGCCUUUGUGGGCAAGACACCCACCGUCGCUGCUCCUAGCUUCUGGGGCAACAGCACCAUGCUUAGCCGGUUCUGGUACAAUGCCUUUUACUCUGGCAACCAGCUCAAGCGCGAUCUCAACCGCGUCGUCGCUACAGGCAGCAACUGGCGCCUGCACUGGUUCUGGCCCAUCUGCCUCAAGUACAUCACGGCCCCGGCCGUGGGGCUUGUGUUCACGUUUGCGUACCCCAAGUUUCUUAACCUCGACCCGGAAGGCGACAGGAUGUCCGAGAACCCGCCAUACAUCUACUCGUUUGCGCUGAUGCACCUCGUCAUGGUCUUCAUCGUCGGCCUGUUUAUCUUCCCGCGCUUUUUCAACUUUUUGAUACCCGAGACGCGCAGGGAGGACGGCAAGUGGCGCGAGGCCAUGCCGCAGGUCACGGUGGGCGGCAGGCCCGAGCUGGUGGACGAGCGCGUCGAGAACGGCACGGGAGGAUUAGGAGGAGCAGGGCAGGGCUUCGGCACGGGCGGUGGCGUCGUCGGCAGCGGCGGCAGCAGCAGCCGGGACGACGAGAUCCAGGAGUCCAAGGGCCUGAACAGCCAGAGGGUCCAGGAGCCGAGCGACGAGUUCGUCUCGGAGCCCAAGGGCGCCUACGUCGAUAAGUCCUGA